AUGGCUUCCGAUACCGCUUCUCGUUCGAGUUCCGCGGCCGAUUCCUACAUUGGUUGCUUGAUCAGUUUGACGUCCAAGAGUGAGAUCAGAUACGAGGGCGUUCUCUACAACAUCAACACCGAUGAAUCCAGUAUUGGGUUGAAAAAUGUGCGCUCUUUUGGAACUGAAGGAAGGAAAAAGGACGGUCCACAAAUUCUGCCAGGUGACAAGGUCUAUGAGUAUAUACUCUUCCGUGGAACAGACAUCAAGGAUUUACAGGUGAAAUCUUCUCCACCUGUCCAGCCUACUGCACCAACAAAUACCGACCCAGCUAUUAUUCAGUCUCAGUAUCCCCGCUUAGCCACACCAUCUACAAGUUUACCAGCUGCAAGUGGAUCUUUGACUGAUGCCAGUCCUCAUACAACACAGCUUGGACACCCAGGGUCAAAUUUUCAAGGGCCUUUGUAUCAACCUGGAGGAAAUGUAGUAUCAUGGGGAGCUUCUUCGCCUUCUCCAAAUGCAAAUGGUGGUGGGCUUGCUAUGCCAAUGUAUUGGCAAGGAUAUUAUGGCGCCCCAAAUGGGCUUCCUCAGUUACAUCAGCAAUCUUUGCUGCGACCUCCUCCUGGCUUAUCCAUGCCUUCAUCCAUGCAGCAGCCAAUGCCUUCAUCUAUGCAGCAGCCAAUGCCUUCCUCUAUGCAGCAGCCUAUGCCUUCCUCUUUGCAGCAGCCUAUGCCUUCAUCUUUGCAGCAGCACAUGCCUUCAUCUUUGCAGCAGCACAUGCCUUCAUCGAUGCAGCAGCCAUUGCAUUAUCCCAAUUUUAGCCCUUCUUUGCCAACUGGGCCUUCAAGUUUUCCAGAAUUCCCUUCAGCUUUCAUCCCUGUGGUUCCAAACAAGGCACCAACUGCGUCCCUUCCUGCAGUCACACUAGCUCCAAGUUUGUCAUACCAAACUGUACCCCAGCAGAUGGCUCCUUCAAUUGUUGGCUCUUCGAAUUCUAUCCGCACAGAACCACCUGUCCCUUCCCUGGUAACCCCAGCUCAAUUAUUGCAGUCUGGGCAAUCUGUAGUAGCUUCAUCCAAGCCUUUGCAAACAGCACAUAAGGAUGUUGAAGUGGUUCCGGUAUCAUCUGCUUCACCUCCAGAGCCAUCUGUGUCUGUCGCUGCUGAAUCCCAGCCACCUAUACUUCCUUUGCCAGUGACUUCACGGCCUACUCACAGGCCCGGUGGAGCUUCUAGCCAAACUCAUGGCUAUGGUUACAGGGGACGUGGAAGAGGAAGGGGAAUCCAGGGUUUCCGCCCAGCCGAAAGAUUCACUGAGGACUUUGACUUCACAGCAAUGAAUGAGAAGUUCAAAAAGGAUGAAGUAUGGGGUCACCUAGGUAAAAGUAACAAGAAAGACGGGGAAGAAAAUGCAAGUGAUGAAGAUGGUGGUCAAUAUGAAGACGAUGGUGAUGUAUCAAACUUGGAGGUCAAGCCUGUUUAUAACAAGGAUGAUUUCUUUGACUCACUCUCCUGCAACUCACUCAAUAAUGAUCCCCAAAAUGGAAGGAUUAGAUAUUCAGACCAAAUCAAGAUGGAUACCGAGACAUUUGGUGAUUUUACGAGGCAUCGUGGUGGCUGGGGUGGCCGUGGUCCAUGGCGCGGUGGUGGUGGCGGACGUGCUCGAGGUGGUGGUUUUUAUGGAAGGGGGUAUGGCUAUGGUGGUGGAAGAGGAAGAGGUGGUCGUGGCAUGUCUGGCGGUCGUUUUUAG